UGUUUUAUUCAUGGUCAUCAGGAUUUCAUACAAAUUACAAUGCACCGAAUAUGCCAGUUAGUUUUCGUUCUCCGUCGUAAUAAUAAGACGUAUUUUCAUAUGUAAAGUCGCUGCUGAUAUUUAUGGAAUUUAUUUUGAAUUCUUAAAUUAUGGCCCCAAGAACUAGUAGUUGGCCAGUAUGGAGUGGUAUAUUGAGCACAGACAACAAUAUAAAAUCGGCCGACGAUUGGAUUGAAGCACGCAGAAAGGAAGAUGGUGCAGAUAAGUUGUGGAGAAUUCACGAUGGAUUAUAUAACCUUGAACAAUGGAUACACAAGCAUCCCGGAGGACCACAGUGGUUGGAAAUUACAAAAGGUACUGAUAUCACAGAAUUAUUUGAGUCGUACCAUAUAAAUGGCAAAGCUGCAACGGCGGUGAUGCACAAAUAUUAUGUGCGACAGACAGAGUCGCCCAGGAAAUCGCCUUUCACGUUUAAGCCAGGCGGAUUUUACAACGUGUUGAAGUCUAGAGUCGCAAAGAAAUUGUCUUACGUGGACAGCAAAAAUUAUCAUAUAAAGUCUAUGCUGGUCGUCGACACAUAUUACCUGCUCGCACUGGCCCUGUGCGUUGGAUUGGCUCAGACAGAAAACUUUUUCUUAGCACUGUUGGCCGGCACUGUUUUGGCACUCGGGACCGUUGCUAGUCACAACUUCACGCACCUUAAGGACAACUGGAGGAUGUAUUACGUGCAAUUGGUUUUAUUAUCUGUACGCGAAUGGAGAAUAUCGCAUGUACUCAGUCAUCAUAUAUACACGAACACAGUACAAGACUUGGAGAUGUCACUGUUGUAUCCGUUUAUCCAUUGGUUUCCGACUACAGACAAACCAUUUACUGUUCGUUUAUUCCCUUACCUCACCCCCAUUAUAUACCCUUUUAUUAUUCCUGGACAAUUGGCCAUUAGAACUUUCAAGUGCAAUAAUGACAAAGCCGAUCUUCUUAUGUUUGUUAUACCUGCAAUAUUGAUGUUUUGUGGACAAAUGACCAUAAGUUCUGUAAUUAUUGCUUGGCUUAUCGUAGUUCUGACAAGUAGUUUUAUGUUUACAUUCAUUGGGUUCAGUGCUUCUCAUCAUUUUCCGGACAACUUUCACGAUGGAGACUAUGUCAAUGAUGAGUACAUUGAUUGGGGAAUACAUCAAAUAGAAACCAGCGCAGAACGAAACGAGCCAAUCAAAAAUAUAUUUAUAACAAUAGCGACAUUUGGCGACCAUACAUUACACCAUUUGUUCCCUGCUUUAGAUCAUAGCUUAAUACCACUAUUAAAAGAUACUUUCGAAGAUACAUGUAAAGAAUUUGGUUUGGACCUAACACCAAAAUCAUGUACAACGAUUAUGCACGGACAGUUUAAACAAUUAUCCCGCGUUACUCCUAAUAAUCCGAAGAAGAAUAGAACUGAUAUAAAAUUAGACAAUAACAUCUAAAUAUAAGAAAAUCAAGAAAAUUUGAAUGCGUAUAUGUAUGACGUAUAUGAAAAAAAAAUAUAAGUGAGAUUUGAGACACAGAGAUCCUGGGCGGUAAUAUUGUAAUUUAUUAGCCUAUUUAUGAGUAAUAGUAUUGUCGGCUGAAUAGUUAUUUUACUAUUUAAAAUCAUUAUUUAUUAAACAUGUGAUAUUAUACGAUAUUAUUACGAUUUUGUCGAUAAAGAUAACUAAUUUAUUGAUAAUAUUAGGCAAUAUCAUUUUUUAUUUCACGUAAACAUAAGAAAAAUUUACUACAGCCGGUGGCUUUUAAUUUUUACUUAUUUGUAUACCAACUAUUUAGCAUAAAUUUACUUAAGUAUUCAUUGUGAUAAUUCCUUAAGAUUUUUUAAAAAAAAGUAUUGGUUUUUCAAUGCUAUACUCAUGUUACUUGUUAGAAAAUAAUAUAAACUACUGUUUUUAAAGUGAUAGUGUUUGGAUAAACUUUAAUAGAACUAGUACCUACCUAGAUUAUAUAUCAUUAUUAUAAGCAUAACAAUUUUUACUCUAACUCAAAAAUAGUUUAUGUAGGUAGUUCGUCUUAUAAACCAUAUGAAUAAAAUUGUGGGUUUAUAUUUCAGUUGUAGGUAUAUUAUGAUUGUUCUUUACAAUGAUGUAAAAAAAAUAUUUAUUGAUUUGUCUGAAUGAAUACCUUUAAUUAUUACCUACUUAUUAUAAAAAUAUAUAUUUAAAAUAAAUAUAAUUGUGUACAGAGCCAAUAUUUAUAAAGAUUGUCAAUGGUCACCUAUAAUAUGGUCAUAAGAAAAUAUAAAAUAUGACAAAUAUUUGAAUUAAACAUGUACCCAAUGUUCAUUAGGGUUGUUUAUUUAUGCUUUAAGCAUUUGUUAUUGACCACUGUAUAAUUAUGUUAGAUAUCUAUAGUAGGUACUUAUUAUUUAUUAUAAAUUAUUAUUAAAAUGUAUGUAUCUAACCCUGAAAUAUAUAACGAGAGAGAUAAAAAAAAUUAAUUCAAAAUAUAAUACUAGGUAAUCAACGUGUUUGAGCCAUGAAGGCUAGAUUAAUAAUUUAGCCUUCGUAGUACUAAGCAUACACAUCAAUACAUCAUUAUACCUAAAAUAUAAAGAUUUAUGAUUAUGAUAUAAAAAUGUGUACCAACUGAACAACGAAGAACAAAGUGAGAGGAUUUGACUGACCUAUUUCGUCAAUGUUGUAUAACCAUCAUAGUCCAUUAAUUAGUUACUUGUAAUUAUAUAUUUAUGAAUUAUAUUACAUACCUAUUUUAUGACUUAUAUAUUGUAAUGUUUAUGCUAUACCAAAAUAUAUUGUAUGAAAACCAUGAUCCGUGAAUUAUAAGAUUCUAUAGGACAAAUUCCCUCCGAAAAUUUUCCACCGGUACAUUAUUUUAAGGUGGACUUUUGCCACACAUAUUUUUUUUUUAAUGACAUGCAAUAAAAUAAAAUACAAUUAAUUUCCAAAUAUUUCUAUAAAUAUAUAUUUUAUUAAUAUUGAUUGAGAUCAUAUCAUUAAUACAGCAAGUAGUAUGAUAAAAACCACAAAAAUUAUAAGUAAGUAAAUAUUAAAACAAAUAUAGUAAAAUUAUACUUAACAUAAAAAAACGUAGACUAUUUAGAUUAUAAAACAAAAAUAUCUAAAUAUACCGAUACAAAAAUGUUACACCUUGUAAAAUGUGACACGAAAUUAAUUAAUUCAUAUAUCUAUUUCAUUAAUUUUAUCCCUUAUCAUUAUUUUACAUAACGUAGGUAUUUUACUAGCCGAACAUCUACAUCUAAAUUUUGAUAUAAUAAUAAAUAUACGUAUACUAUGUUUUACAAAAAAACAAACCACCUAAUACAUUAAAAUUGUCAAAGAAAAUGUUAGAUAAUAAUACAUCAUUUUGUAUCAUAAUUCAUAAAUCAUGAAUCAUAUGUAUGUACCUAUGGGCUAUAUUAUAUGCAUAUGCCGUAUUAUAGCCUAAUUUUACUCAAAUAGUAAAUAUAAAUAAAUUCCCUCUAGACGCGUAGUAGGUUCAACGUAUGAAAACGUACGUGUGGUACACAAUUUACAUAAAAAAAUUCGACAGACUAAAUAUAUGCAAAAAUAUACGGACAACGAUUUAGUUUUUUUGUUAGGUACUUGGAUCUAACGUGUUCGUAAUGUAUUCGACCUUAACUUUGCGUGACCAUUAUCCAAAUAUACAUAUACUUACAUAACACAUGUAUAGGUACUAUAUAAAUAUAUAAUGUACUAUGUUCAUAAUAUUAUACAUAUACAUAUUACAUACUAGUAUUAAUACUACAUACAUAACUAAUAUAUUAUUAUUAUUAUUAUUCUAACAUAUUUAUUAUGCAUAGUAAAAUAAUACAUUUUAUAAUCUUAAUAUAUAUUGUUCUAAUUAGGUAUAAUAAUUAUUAUUGUUUACUCAUGUUGAUAAAAUAAUUAGCAAACAUAUGAUAUUGUUGUA